GUUCACACUGUGAGACCGCUUGCAGCAACGGAUCUCAGCUUAUGAAUCACGUGACACCCAUCAUACCAAACAUGAGGUUUCCAUUCUUCUUACCGCGACUGCCGGAAAUGACGACCAAUCAGAUGAUGAUGCCGGCGUUGCCUAGGGGACCGAUACCGCAGACGCUGUUCUUCAGCCUGUCCGACCUUGACCUCUGCCUUUACGGAAGCACUUCAUGGCUGUCGUCUGCAUCCCCAGAAAGCAGCAAGAGAAGGUCAUACUCGUUUAGUGGUAUUCGGAUAAGCCAGCAUUUAAAUGAUACCAUCAUCUCGCCAUUGACUGGAGAAAUGGUGCCACUAAUAGCAGGUGCAGGCUGGCGGUCAAGCAAGGCCACUCCUCCUGUCCACGACUUGCCCUCUGGUUUGAUUCUCGCCCAGACAAGCUUCGGAGGCGUUGUCCACUAUGCAGUGUUCUGUGGGCGCCACGUCAUCCCAAAAGGUUCCAGGUUCGGUCCUUUUAAAGGCCGAGUGGUCAACCCGAGCGAGAUGAAAACGUUUGACGACAAUGCUUACAUGUGGGAGAUUUUUAAAGAUGGCCGUCUGAGCCACUUUUUGGACGGAAGAGGAAGUGCAGGUAACUGGAUGUCGUACGUGAACUGCGCGCGCACGUUGCAGGAACAAAAUCUGGUAGCGAUCCAAGAUGGCGACUAUAUUUACUACGAGACAUGCUGUGACGUAACGCCUGGGACAGAGCUACUGGUUUGGUAUACGGAGUCCUACGAACAGUUUAUGGGAAUCCCUCUAUGUUUGCAAGGUCAGGAGGUCAAACCUGAUGCGGAAGUGGCCGAAACUGAUGCAGGUACUGGCUACCAGUGCGAGCACUGCGGUAAGGUGUUCACCUACAAGUACUACAAGGAUAAGCAUCUCAAGUACACCAAGUGUGUUGACCAGGGUGACCGGAAGUACCCGUGUCAGCUGUGUAGUAGGUCAUUUGAAAAGAAAGACAGACUUCGUAUCCACGUGCUACAUGUCCACGAGAAGCACCGCCCUCACAAAUGUCUCGUGUGUGACAAAAGUUUUAGCCAGUCCUCCAGCCUGAACAAGCACAUGCGGGUCCACAGUGGAGAGCGGCCAUACAAGUGUGUCUACUGCAACAAGUCUUUCACAGCCUCCAGCAUACUGAGGACACACAUACGUCAACAUUCAGGGGAGAGGCCUUUCAAGUGCAAGUUUUGCGGGAAAGCGUUCGCCAGUCACGCAGCCCACGACAGCCACGUCAGGCGUACCCAUUCCCUGGACAAGAGGGCGCCCUGCGACAGCUGUGGCGAGGAGUUCUCUCCAGAAUGUGAGCUGCACAGGCACCCGCUGUCACACAUGGAAGACUUUAUGUCUCACUAUACAGGAGGCAGUAGGCCAGCAUCUACUUGGGAGGACGUCAGAGACCCUACACAGGCAGCACACUUGUAGCCUGACACUGGCCUCACGUCUAUAUACUCAGCAGACCUGGGUUCGAGUCGCUAUGGAUCCUCUAGCAUUAGCCAUGCUAUGUAUAUCUUCAUGACAAUUAAAUUCUCCCCAUAUUUGUAUCUUUUAUGGUGGCUAUAUAUUUGUAUUUUUUUUGAACUACUGCCAAUUAAAUGAAGCAACUGAUAAGAUUUAGAGCAGUGGUUCUCAACCUUUUAAGCUCGGCGACUCCUUAUACAAACCCCGACUCUUCCGAUAUCCCCACUCACCCACACACACACAGCAACAGACAAAAAUCCAUAUUUUUUAUGGUCUUAGGCGACCCCUGGCAAAUCGUCAAUCGACCCCCCAAGGAGGUCGCGACCAACAGGUUGAGAACCCCUGAUUUAUUGGACUAUCUUUGUAUAAAAUCA